GCUGGAUGAUGGAGGCCGACACAACAUGUUGGUUCACCACGGGGGAGAGAUUAAUGUCCUGACGAGCGCGAGAGUUCAGCACGACAUGAUGCAGCAGAGUCCGUCAGUCUGCGACGAACCAGAUGAGUAGGAACCAGGAAGUGACUGCGACCACAUGACAGGACGUCACAUGACGAUGACGCGCGGCCGCGUUCACGGUCUGUGGGGGAAAAAAUCGUGACCUGCGAAAGCGACAGCAGCGCCCCCUACAGGUCGGACUGAGGCUGAGAGGUGACGAUCAGUGUUGAAGUAGACUCACCUGGUGACUGGAUUAUCAGGUGUGUGUCACAGAGGAGGCCGCAGGUUCACCGCUCGUCUCCGUUAAGACAGAAAGAAAGCGUCCUGUUUCACUAUGUGGCUUCUGCUUUCCAUCUGCGUCUCCACAGUUGGUUGUUUGCCCAUAAAUCAAACCCAGGAUGCGAUUACUCCGACACCAGGGGUUACCAUCUUUUUCCGGCCACCACAGGGAGCCAGUGCAGAAACGUUAGAGGAGCUUAAAGGAGACAUGGUUGUCCAAGAGGGAGACAUUCUCAUACCGGAGGACAGGAACGCUGUGGAGACCCUGUGGCCGGACGCCGUCGUCCCGUACGUCAUCAGCGGCGAACUGGCUCAUCGAGAGCCGGACAUCGACGCCGCUUUCAAAAUGAUAUCGGACGUCACGUGUAUCCGCUUCAAGAAACACAGCGCGGAGCUGAGCUACCUGAAGAUCCAGGACGGCAAUGGCUGUGCGUCCUUUGUCGGCUGUCGAGGAGGAGCCCAGCCGCUGUACUUCACCCAGAGCUGCACCGUGGGGAACCUCUGCCACGAGGCGGUCCACGCGCUGGGACUGCAUCACGAGCACACGCGCAUGGACCGGGACCAGCACAUCACCGUGCAGUGGCAGAGCAUCAUUCCUGAGAGAAAAAAUAACUUCAAGUUGCUGCGCGGGAACACUCUGAACCUGCCCUACGACCUGAACUCCAUCACGCACUACGGCCAGUUCUUCUUCACUGCUGACGGCAGUCCGACCAUGUUGUCCAAGCGGGACGGAGGGCAGAUGGGUCAGAGGACACACCUGAGCCAGCUGGACAUCCAGAGACUGAACACACUCUACCACUGUGAUGAGCGGAUGAAAUCACAGUGAGCAGACUUGCUGCUGGUUUACCUGCACGUGCCUUGAGAUUUAAUAAAAAAAAUUAUAUCU